AUGCUCCCCAUGGAGUUCUUGUAUGCUGGCAUAUGGGGUAUCAACGUUGAUUAUGCCACAGUCAUUAGUAGAGAAGAGGUGUGGGGCUUAGAUCAAGAAGACUUGCGGAGUGUCUUCAUUCCAAAUCUAUCAGAGAGUUGCUAUCGCUGCCUCUGCCACGUUUCUACUCUUUGCCAGCUCUCAAACGAGUGCAAGGGUGGGUACUGUGGACCUUUCAACAUCUCCAGGGUAUAUUGGGUGGAUUCCGGCAAAGUCACACUACCAGAUGAUGAUCCCGACAGGAACAAUGCGUGGAGAGAUUGUGCCAGAGACUAUUACUGCGCUAAGAAAAUCAUAGAAGGAUACCUUCAAAGGUUCGCUAAGGACUGCAACGAUGACGGUGUGACAGAUUGCUAUGACUACAUGAUGAUUAAUGGAAACGGAGGGUAUGGAUGUACCUUGCCUCUGAACAGAUCAGAAAAUGGAAGGAGAUGGCUCAGGAGAUACGAGGAAUGUCGCAGUUCACUCAUCAGAACUUAA